AUCCCAUAAGAGUCGGCGAGUAGAGGCGUCGCGAAACUUUCUUCCUUUCUCUUCCUCUCUCUGUCUGAGACAGAAGAAGGGCGUGCUUGGAUCAACCAGAGAUCGCAUCACCGAAACCCUAACCCUAAUUCCUCAACCAUGGCCUACCAGCAGCCAGCGCCAAAGGACGAUGACCACAAUCGCCGCCUCUACAAUCCCUACCAAGACCUCCAGGUCCCCAUCCACACGCUCUACAAGCUCCCGACCUCGCCUGAGUUCCUUUUCCAGGAGGAGUCCGUCGCACAGCGCCGCUCUUGGGGCGAGAACCUCACUUACUACACGGGCAUCGGCUACCUCGGCGGGGCCACCGCCGGCGCCGUGAAGGGCUUCGCAGAAGGCGUCAGGGCGUCGGAGCCUGGCGACACGGCGAAGCUCCGGGUGAACCGGAUCCUCAACGCGUCGGGGCAGGCGGGGCGGAGGAUUGGGAACCGGGCCGGGGUGAUCGGGUUGAUGUAUGCCGGGAUGGAGAGCGGGUUGGUGGCGCUGAGGGACACCGAUGAUAUGAUCAACAGCGUGGCGGCGGGGCUGGGAACCGGCAUGCUCUAUAAGGCUGCGUCCGGGCCGCGGUCCGCAGCUGUGGCCGGUGCGAUUGGCGGCUUGGUGGUUGGGCUGGCGUUGACGGGGAAGCAGCUGACCCUCUGUGAUGGAGAGGUUAAAUCAAUGCUGCCAUCCAAGGAAUUUGACCAGUUGGUCAUGGCCUAAUCUCUACUAAUAUAAUCAAUCAUGGAGACAAUGGUGGUAAUGUCAUUAUGGUUUCAAGCUUGGGAACAUGGGCCCAGUGUAGGGUGACCCACUUUCAGGUUGGUUUCUCUCUCUCGUGAUCAGUCAAGAUUAAGCUUUCUCAACGGGGGAGUAAGGCAUUGAUUGAACCCUCUCUAGCACCUGAUAUACAAGUCCUUGAAUAUCUCAUGUGAAGACAUUGGCCUGGCUUGACCUAUGCAUUGUUUAAUAGUUGGAGUUUAGCUAUCAAUUUAUACAGGUGCAACUUAGCACGAUGAGGCUAGACUAUUGGUGAUGUUGUGUUUGCAUCUAGAGGGAGUACAUGGCGAGCAAAGCAUGCUGAGUGUUCUAUUAGCCAAGCUGUGGAGAUGUCAUGAGGAUCGCAACGAAGACCAUCCUUACAAGGGUCUUCAAUCCUAAGUGAUGUGUUUGGGGCAGGAGCUCUAUUUGUCAGGAGGCUGUAAGCAUUAUUUAUAUAUGAUUGGGCCAUAGGGGGCCAAGAGUUCUAUUGCCCAAGUUGAGGAUGUCCCUCUAGUCUCCAACACCUAGGGUGGAUAGUUCAUCAGCUAAACCACUGGAAUGUUGCAAUCAUCAUUUAUAUUAAUGGCACAUAGGUUUGACAUGGCAUUUGCAAUGUCGCUUAAUUGGGUCUUGAUCGUUGGAGGGAGAUUAUAGAGGUUUACACAUCAUCUCAUGAUGCUGGCACUUGGAAAGACAUUGUGGAUUGUUAAAUAUUGGGAGAGUUUCUACAUAUUGGUCACAUGCCUCUACAAUGGGGCUGGUUGGCAAUUUGAGUGUCAUUUAGAGAACUCUUAAUCACUGGAGUGAGCAACUAUGGAGAUUCAGAUGAAUUUAUCUGGAUGGCACCUUGGAGCACUAGGUGUGCAUUCCACAUUGAGUAUAAUGCUUGGUCUUUGUAGAGGCUUUUGCUAGGUAGUAAAUGUAAAAUGGAUUCCAGCGCCUUUAGUGGGAUAGUGCACAGGUUUGAGGCUAUAAUUGGACUGAUAACCUUGAGAUGGCCAGCACUUGGAAGGCAUGGAAACUGUCAAGUUUAUGACACAAUUAAAAGGGUACCUGAGCUAUCUUGCUCCCAUAAAGAGUGGGAGGACAAAUUGGAAAAGCACUUCAAUGAAAAAUUUGAAGUUGGAAUUUAUUUUGCUCUGUUCUAUCAAACAAGUUGCUACAUUUGUGCUGGUCAGGAAAAAAAAAAAAGAAUUGUUUUAGAUUUGUUGGCAUCGUUCAACACUUACAAAGCUUUGUUGAGAUUGUGCGCAACAAUUUUCAUCUUGCUGGCGUAUGUGUUGAAGCGUAUUGUUGGUAAUGAAUUAAGGAAUACAAGGGGAACUCAGUCAGAGUUAAAGGGUGAAUUGGUAAAUUGUGGUUUUGAAGUGUUUAAUGUUUGAAACCCUAUCUUGCCCUAAAUAAAGUUUUUAAUGAAUUGAUCGUUACACAUUCUGCACUAGACCUUCUUAAUGGAAACCAAAACCAAUUAACAGUGGAAUUGUUUAUACAUGUUUCAUUUUUAUAGCUAACGAACAGGUAAUUUUUAGAAUAAUCACUUUUCUUGAUUUCCAGGCCAAUUAAUGAAAUUAGGGGUGUCUAAAUUUGUGGGAGUUUUGUAUUUUCCCCUGUUUGUUUUUAAAAUAAAAAAUAGCAAUUACCGUAGUUCUUUUGUUUAAAUAAAAAAUGGAAAUAUGUCAACAAUUUGGUUGACUAUCAAAUCUCACCACUUGUGGUUGGAACACUCACUGCACAAUUUGGUUGAAAACAUGGAGAGGUGACGUGAAGCCUCUCGCCAGGGUGUUCUUGGUUUGGCCCUCAUCC